AUGGAGAAUACUGCGGAGAAACCAAGCGACAACAAGGCCACCUUCGUCAAGAACACGGCUCAGCUCUCCAAGAUCCCACGUCAUAUCAGUUAUCCACUCAAGGAGGAGCAAGAGGAGGAACUACAACAGGCAAAUGCGGAGAACACUGCGGAGAAACCAAGCGGCAACAAGGCCACCAUCGUCAAGAACACGGCUCAGCUCUCCAAGAUCCCACGUCAUAUGCUCUCCACGGUUCCACAUCAAAUCAUCACUCAGCAAGCGGAGAACACCACUCAACUGGCCGUUCCACAUCAAAUCAUCACUCAGCAAGCGGAGAACACCACUGCAACUUGGCCUGUCAUCCCCACUACAUUGAGGAGCAAGAGGAGGAACUACAACAGGCAAAUGCGGAGAACACUGCGGAGAAACUAG